CCCCUUCCCCCUCGUCCCUAUAUUUUUUUUUUCCUCCUCUGCCACGGACGCCCCUCGCGAGAUCGGAAGGAUCCACCUCGUCGCCUCUCCUUCUUCUCCGCCUCCCCCCUCCGCCCCCUCUAAAACCCUAGCUUUCUAGGGUUUCCCCUCCACGAUCGCCCGGAUCUCCCCGCCGCUCCUCGUUCUACUCCGCAAAAAUGCCUCUCAGAUUAGAAAUCAAGAGGAAACUUGCGCAAAGGUCGGAGAGAGUGAAGUCGGUAGAUCUGCAUCCGACGGAGCCAUGGAUUCUAGCAAGUCUUUAUUCUGGAAGUGUCUGCAUCUGGAACUAUCAAUCACAGACUAUGGUGAAAUCAUUUGAAGUCACUGAGUUACCAGUGCGGUCUGCAAAAUUUAUUGCACGUAAACAAUGGGUUGUUGCUGGAGCAGAUGAUAUGUUUAUUCGCGUGUACAAUUACAAUACAAUGGACAAAAUCAAAGUUUUUGAAGCUCAUACCGAUUACAUACGGUGUGUGGCUGUCCAUCCAACCCUUCCAUAUGUGUUGUCAUCAUCUGAUGACAUGUUGAUAAAGCUUUGGGACUGGGACAAGGGUUGGAUAUGUACUCAAAUUUUUGAGGGACAUUCUCACUAUGUGAUGCAAGUCUGUUUUAAUCCGAAAGAUACCAACACUUUUGCAAGUGCCUCCCUUGACCGGACAGUGAAGAUCUGGAAUCUUGGCUCUCCAGAUCCAAAUUUUACGUUAGAUGCUCAUUUGAAGGGUGUCAAUUGUGUUGAUUACUUUACUGGUGGUGAUAGGCCAUACUUGAUUACUGGUUCUGACGAUCACACUGCCAAGGUCUGGGACUAUCAAACCAAAAGCUGUGUCCAAACACUCGAAGGCCACACCCAUAAUGUUUCAGCUGUCUGUUUCCAUCCUGAGCUUCCCAUAAUAAUCACAGGUUCAGAGGAUGGAACAGUUCGCAUAUGGCAUGCAACUACUUAUAGGCUUGAGAAUACGCUCAAUUAUGGCCUUGAACGAGUUUGGGCUGUUGGCUAUAUCAAAGGUUCAAGGAGGGUAGUAAUAGGGUAUGAUGAAGGGACGAUUAUGAUAAAAAUUGGUCGCGAAGAACCAGUUGCUAGCAUGGACAGCAGUGGAAAAAUUAUAUGGGCAAAGCAUAAUGAGAUUCAAACUGUGAACAUUAAGACAGUUGGUGCGGAUUUUGAGGUUACGGACGGAGAGAGAUUGCCAUUGACUGUCAAGGAGUUGGGAAGCUGUGAUCUUUACCCACAAAGCUUAAAGCAUAACCCAAAUGGUCGAUUUGUUGUUGUUUGUGGAGAUGGAGAAUAUAUCAUAUACACUGCAUUGGCAUGGAGAAAUAGAUCUUUUGGUUCUGCACUGGAAUUUGUUUGGUCAUCGGAUGGAGAAUACGCCGUCAGGGAAAGUACAUCCAGGAUAAAGAUAUAUAGUAAAAAUUUCCAGGAGAAAAAAAGUAUCCGGCCAACCUUUUCUGCGGAGCGUAUAUUUGGCGGGAUAUUGUUGGCAAUGUGCUCAAAUGACUUCAUUUGCUUUUAUGACUGGGCUGAGUGCAGGCUAAUCCGCCGAAUUGACGUGAAUGUUAAAAAUCUCUACUGGGCAGAUAGCGGUGACUUGGUGACAAUUGCGAGCGACACAUCUUUUUACAUCUUAAAGUACAAUAGGGAUGUUGUUUCUUCUUAUCUUGAAGGCGGAAAGCCAGUGGAUGAGCAAGGUGUUGAGGAUGCCUUUGAGCUGCUUCACGAGAUUAAUGAGCGCAUUCGAACUGGGAUAUGGGUCGGAGACUGUUUCAUUUACAAUAACUCUGCGUGGCGAUUAAAUUAUUGUGUCGGUGGAGAGGUUACCACCAUGUUUCAUUUGGAUAGGCCCAUGUAUUUGUUAGGAUAUCUUGCUAGCCAAAGUCGAGUCUAUCUUAUUGACAAGGAGUUUAAUGUUAUGGGCUACACCCUACUGCUGAGUUUGAUUGAAUAUAAAACUCUUGUGAUGCGUGGGGAUGUGGAACGUGCAAAGGAUGUGUUGCCUUCAAUCCCAAAGGAACAUCAUAACAGUGUGGCUCGUUUCUUGGAGUCCCGUGGUAUGCUAGAGGAUGCUCUUGAAAUAGCUAUUGAUCCUGACUACAGAUUCGACUUAGCUGUUCAGCUUGGGAGACUAGAUGAUGCAAAGGCAAUUGCUGUUGAAGUACAAAGUGAAUCCAAGUGGAAGCAGUUGGGAGAACUAGCAAUGUCAGCAGGAAAGUUAGAGAUGGCCGAGGAGUGUCUAUCGCAAGCUAUGGACUUGAGCGGCUUACUGCUUUUGUACUCAGCUCUUGGAGAUGCUGAAGGGAUAACAAGACUUGCGUCCCUUGCUAAAGAGCAAGGGAAGAAUAAUGUUGCUUAUCUUUGUCUCUUUAUGCUUGGUAAAGUGGAGGAUUGUAUUCAGCUGUUGAUCGAGAGUAAUCGAAUACCAGAAGCUGCAUUGAUGGCACGUUCUUAUCUUCCAAGCAAAGUUUCAGAGAUCGUAGCAAUUUGGAGAAAUGAUCUCAAUAAGGUUAAUCCAAAGGCUGCAGAGUCUUUAGCUGAUCCUGCCGAAUACCCUAAUCUAUUUGAAGACUGGCAAGUUGCUCUAGCUGUUGAAAAUAAUCUCGCCCCUAAAAGGGGAAUUUACCCACCUGCUGAGGAAUAUUUAAGUCACGCUGAAAAGCCAAAUGCAACACUUGUUGAAGUUUUCAAGGCAAUGCAAAUAGCUGAAGAAGACUUACCAGUUGAAAAUGGAGACCCUGGUCAUGAGGCUAUGGAGGAGGAUGUAAUAGAGGACGUUCAAGAGGACGAGGACGUUCAAGAGGAGGAAGUUCAAGAAGAAGCUGUUGAAGUCGAUCUUGAAGAUUCCACAGAUAGCGGCGUCCUUGUAAAUGGGAACGAUGGUGAGGAACAGUGGGGUACGAAAAAUGAAGGAACUCCAUCAGCCUAAAAAGCAAUUGGUUGGGUGCUGACUCCUCAUCAAUAGGGAUCUAACAAGACAACAACCAGCUUCAGCGGUUGCAUCCCCUCUUCUUAAGGUUGCUGCUGAGAGGGAAUUCAUCUACUUUUCUUCUCCACUCAAUUGUCUUAAAAUUGGUCCCGAAGAGUAAACUGUUUCUUUCUUGUUGGUAUAAUUUUAAAUCCCCUUCUUGUAAAAGUCCUAGAGUUUAUAGGGUUGUAGAUGGUGGGUACCAUAGCUAGUUUCUUUUCUUUUCCUUUUUCUGUUUUGCCUGUCUAGCGAGAUGUUUGUUUCCUUAUAUUCUUAAUAUUUCAUUGAGGCUUAUAUUUUGUUUGACAGUAUAAACUAAAAUUCGUAAUAUUGAUUGAUCUAUCUAAUAGUGUUCCACUUUCACUUCA